CCGCGCGGUUCCUGCGCAGCAUGGCCGCCCCGGACCUGUCGGCCAAUCUCCAGGAGGAGGCCACCUGCGCCAUCUGCCUCGACUACUUCACGGACCCCGUGAUGACGGACUGCGGCCACAACUUCUGCCGCGAGUGCAUCAGCCGCUGCUGGGGCCAGCCCGAGGGGCCGUACGCGUGCCCCGAGUGUCGCGAGCUGUCCCCGCAGAGGAACCUGCGGCCCAACCGGCCUCUCGCCAAGAUGGCCGAGAUGGCGCGGCGCCUGCACCCGCCGUCCCCCGUCCCGCAGGGCGUGUGCGCCGCGCACCGGGAGCCGCUGGCGGCGUUCUGCGGCGAAGAGCUGCGGCUGCUGUGCGCCUCCUGCGAGCGCUCGCGCGAGCACUGGGCCCACUGCGUGCGCCCGCUGCAGGAGGCGGCCGACGACCUCAAGGGGAAGCUGGAGAAGUCCCUGGAGCACCUACGGAAGCAAAUGGAAGAUGCACUACUGUUCCAGGCCCAAGCAGAGGAGACCUGUGCCUUAUGGCAGAAGAUGGUUGAGAGCCAACGGCAGAACGUCCUGACAGAGUUUGAGCGGCUCCGUCGCUUCCUGGUGGAAGAGGAGCAGCAGCUGCUGCAGAAGCUGGAGGAGGAGGAGCUGGAGGUGCUGCCCCGGCUGCGGGAGAAUGCUGCCAGGCUGGUGCAGCAGAGUGCCGCCCUCGGAGCGCUCAUCUCUGACUUGGAGGGCCGCUGCCAGCUGCCUGCGCUGGGGCUGCUGCAGGACAUCAGAGAUGCCCUGAACAGGAUCCAGGAUGUAAAACUGCAGCCACCGGAAGUGGUGCCCAUGGAGCUGAGGACUGUGUGCAAGGUCCCUGGGCUGGUGGAGACCCUGCAGAGAUUCCGAGGGGAUGUGACUCUGGACCCAGACACUGCGAACCCUGAACUGGUGCUAUCCGAGGACCGGAGGAGCGUGCGUCGGGGCAACCUGCGGCAGGCGCUGCCCGACAACCCCGAAAGGUUCGACCCAGGCCCCUGCGUGCUGGGCCACUCUCGGUUCACUACAGGACGCCAUUACUGGGAGGUGGAAGUUGGGGAGCGGGCCAACUGGGCCCUGGGUGUGUGCAGAGAGAAUGUUAACAGGAAGGAGACGGGGGAGCUGUCAGCCGGCAAUGGCUUCUGGAUCCUGGUCUUUCUGGGGAGCUAUUACAACUCACCGGAACGGGCCUUUGUCCCCCUCCGGGACCCUCCCCGACGUGUGGGGAUUUUUCUGGACUAUGAAGCUGGACAUCUCUCUUUCUACAGCACAACCGAUGGGUCACUCUUGUUUAUCUUUCCUGAGACCUCCUUCUCUGGGACGCUCCGGCCCCUCUUCUCACCUCUGUCCAGCAGCCCCUCCCCUCUGACCAUCUGCUGGGGGAAAGGUGGGCUGGGGGAGGCAGUAGUUCCCUAAUGGCGUGCGCGGCACCUGGCCAUCUGCAGUCCUGUGUGUGUGUGCAGCGCCUCGUGGGAGCUUCGCCUCGCCUCUCAGCCCCACACUGUUGUCUUCUGGCUCCUUGGAACAGUUUGGAGGUGGGAUCAUGUUCUUUGCACCAAUGGGAGAAUCUCCUAGCACUUCUCCAAGAUGUGUGUGGGGGUGGGCAGGCAAGGCCUUGAUCCUUCCCUUCAGACUUUGCAGAUACUUGGGCCUGAGACAUCAUCCACCUGUAUUUAACAGCAAGACACUCAACCUGGUCUGUGAGCGGGAUCGUCCUAACAAGCAUCCCUGCCAUACAGGAUCCCUGCCAUUCAGGGCCGACAGCUCUUACCAACAUCCUCCUCGGGUCAGGCCUGUGGCCCCACAGGAGCCUCACCAGCACCCUGGCUGGGCCACCUGGAAUGCUGGGGGCAUCAGGGCCUCCAGAAGCUGCUCUCCUGGCAUCUUCAGGGUUAGAGUUCUACUUACUGAGAGCCCUACCCUCUAGAAUGCCCCCAAGUCCACUAGCCAAUCUCGGGGCUUUGUUACAAGAGGGUUGGUAAGAAUCCUUCCCAGCCCUGACUGUGAUGAUGGUACAGCAGUUGGAGUCUUCAGGGAAGAAUUAGCUGGGAAAACCAAAGAGCAGAAGGAAAUAGGUGAAGUCCUUGAACAAAGGAGCUGACUCACAGAGUUAAAGGCAAGCACCCGUUCAAGCGGAGUGCUCACACUUGGAAUGUGCAGGCCAUGUGGAUGCCUCUGGCCCCAUGUACACAGGCUCCCCUGUGGUAGGCCUAGGAGGUCCACAGGGAAGAUCAGGAUCCGGAGAGUUGAUUUCACACGAGGGCUUCCACACUUGGCGUUUGGGGACUGCCUGAGCAUGCCUCUGAACUUUGAGAAAGGUGGCCUUGCUGUGCCCCAGCACAUUCCUUGGUUGCAACCAUCGGGUGCCAAUGGCAUCCUGGUGAUCCAAGCCCCGACGCCUUCCCUCCACCUCCCCUGUUAGGUUUCAUCACCAGCUGUGACCUUGGGGAGAGGCUUUCUCUGAACCCCGUGGGGUUCCCCUGAUGAUAAAGUGGGAUGUAUUGGAUAGCUAUUGAUUUUGCAGGCCAUGGUGACUACAUGAGCUAAUGCUCUCUGUUCAGAAACUGUCAGCUGCUAUUUCUAGGAAACGUGGCUUGAGCCAGGUUGGAGCUUGGCGACGGCUCCAAUACAGAGUACAAACUCACUGAACCCUCCCUCCACCCAGGGCCCUCCUCUGCCCAGUCCCCUCCCUGGAGGAGGAAGAGUGGCUGCCUAGAGCCCUGAGGCAUACAGGCAGACAGAAACUACAGUUGUCUCUGCUAUGAGGUGUGGGGUUUCCUUACCCUUAGCUUCUCUUUUUAUCCUCUAUUUUAUUUAUUGUAAGAACAGCGUUCUGACGUGAAAUAAAUUUUACCAUUUGCCUGUG